AUGGCUGACGGUGCUGUGGCAGGGAAAGAAGCGGUGACUGACGAGGUGACUGACGUGUUGACGGACUCGUUCGGGCGGCAGCACAGCUACCUGCGCAUCUCGCUGACGGAAAGGUGCAACCUGCGGUGCUCCUACUGCAUGCCCGCUGAAGGCGUGCAGCUCACGGUGAAAGAGCACCUGCUUUCAACGGACGAGGUCAUUCGCCUGGCGUCGGUGUUUGUGUCGCAAGGCGUGAGUAAGAUCAGGCUCACAGGCGGCGAACCCACAGUCCGACGAGACAUCGUUGACAUCUGCAGCUCUCUCUCCGCCCUGCCAGGCCUCCACACACUAGCACUCACCUCCAAUGGCAUUCUGCUGCCGGCGAAGCUGCCAGCCCUGAGGGCGGCAGGCCUCACCCACCUGAACGUCAGUCUAGACACCCUGGUGGAGCCCAGGUUCGAGCUGCUCACACGCAGAAAGGGGCACGCGCGCGUCCUCAGAGCUAUCGAUAUGGCACUGGACCUGGGCUUCAAGCCGCUCAAGCUCAACUGUGUGGUGAUGCGGGGCGUGAACGACGACGAGAUUCUCGACUUUGUGGCGCUCACCAGGGACCGACCCAUCAACGUGCGGUUCAUAGAGUUCAUGCCCUUCGAUGGCAACGUGUGGAAGACCAAGAAGAUGGUGCCUUAUGCUGAGAUCAUGGCCCGAAUUAGGGAACGCCACCCCGAUAUUGCUCGCCUCAGGGACCACCCAUCCGACACGGCAAAGAACUUCCAGGUGCCUGGAUUCGCGGGCAGCGUGUCGGUAAUUUCUUCCAUGACCAGCCACUUCUGCUCCGGCUGUACACGCCUUCGCCUGCUGGCCGAUGGGAGCCUGAAAGUGUGUCUGUUCGGGCCGAACGAGGUGAGUCUGAGGGAUGCGUUGAGGCAGGGAGUAACUCGAGAGGAGCUCCUCUCUCUCAUCUCUGCUGCGGUCAAGCGGAAGAAGGCUGCUCAUGCGGGUAUGCUAGAGAUUGCUAGAACACACAAUAGACCGAUGAUAACCAUUGGUGGGUAG